AUGGCGCUUUUCUCUGGCUGGGUGUUCGUCGUGAGGCCGGACCCUGACGACGCGGCGCCGGCUUUGUUACCACGUUACUUGGUGCUCGCGAAAUGUAGCCUGCUCAUGUACCGUCGCGACCCGACGCUGGUGAAGAACGAGGAACCCGUGUCCAGCGGCGUGCUGACUCCGCAACUCGCAGUAGAGGACUGCGGACGCGAGGUGUACGCCGAUGGACGGGCUCUCCACGCGUUCCGAGUGUACAACAAGGCCAUGCCAGACCAAGGUGGAAAGGUGGCAACCACAAGUGCAGGAGCAGCUCAGAAGUGGAUCUCAGCCAUUGAAGAGUCCAUCAAGGAAUCUGAGACCGGGGGCAAGCCAGAGAAAGCAUCUGUGGGAGAGCGCACUCUCACUCGCUUGGUCUCCAUCGGUCAAGGCCUGGGUGACAUCUUCACGCGUGAGAUGCAAGCAGACGUGGACGUGGGAGGGGAUGCGAUUGAAACCACCAAGUGGAGGAUCUUCAAGGUUGCAGAUGGCCUUCGGUUCUUUCACGAAGCAUCUGAGGAGGGGUUUGAGUCGCUGAUAAAGGCAGAGGGGGUGGUGGAGGCAUCAGCGGACAGCAUCUUUGAAGUGCUCAUGAGCACCAGUGCUCCACUCUCCAUGCAGUGGGACACGUUCACAGUGGAGAACGAGGUGGUGGAGGCGGUGGAUGGCCACACAGAUAUCAUAUAUGCUAUAGUCACCAACAGGCAGUACACUCACGGGAGGCCGUUGGAAAAGGAGGUGCUGGCUUCGCGCACGUGGAGGCGCAACCACGACGGGUCUUAUGGCAUCACCACAUUCAACACCAACCACGACUCCAAGCCCACCAAUGGUCGCCGCCCGCGCCUCGAAUUUGCGUUGGGAUCGUGGGACAUCCUGCCACUGACCCCUGCCCGCCCGAAGUCCGGCCACGUGAAGUGCCUCGUGCGCCACGUCAUCGAGCUCGGCACUGCGCCCUCCCUCUCCUCCUCCCCCUCCUCCCGCUACACCGACAGCCCCACUCCACCCACCCCUAGCAAGCGCUCCGUUUCCCCAUCCCCCUCCGCCUUUGCCUCUCAGAGCGUGUCCUCCCCCGUUCACUCUGCUCUCCCCAGACCUGCGCAAGCGGUUGCGGGGGUGGCGAAAGCCGCUGCCGGAAAGCCGAUUUCGUUUAUCAAGGGGUUGAUGAGGGAGAAGAAGGAGAAGGAGCUGCCGAAAUCGGCAUCUGUAGCAGUGGGGGGAGGGGUGGGAGGAGCAGGGGGGGUGGGAGGUGGGGGAUUAGUGGAGGUGGAGGAGGAGGCGGACGGGCAUGUGGCGUUUGAGGAGUUUGCGGACUCAUUCCCGUACGCCUCGCUGUGCCGCAUUGCAGGACUGAGGGAGUACUUUGCAGCACAGCCGGCCAUGGAGGAGCAUGUGGAGAGGAACACCGAGGAGGUGGUCGCUAGCCUGAUGGAGAGGACUGAGAGCCUUGAGGACCAGUUCUUUGAUGCCGAAGGGGAAGAGGCUGAACCCGCUAAGGAAAAGGUGUCAGCCAAGGCGCGCUGGCAGGGGCUCAAGUGGAUGGUGCAGUUUGGCUUCCGCCUGCGAUCCCUGUUCCUGGUGGAGGAGGAGGAGGCGGACAAGGAGCGCUGGGAGGUGCGGAGGGAGCUGCAGGUGGACGCCACACCCACAGACCUGCUGGCGGUGGGGGAGAAGCUGAGGGCUGUUCCUGGUGGAGGAGGAGGAAGCGGACAAGGAGCGCUGGGAGUGUUCCUGGUGGAGGAGGAGGAGGCGGACAAGGAGCGCUGGGAGGUGCGCAGGGAGCUGCAAGUAGACGCCACACCCACCGACCUGCUCGCGGUGGGGGAGAAGCUGCGCGCGCAGGCGUCCCUGCCGCUGGGAGUUGACCCCAAGGACGCCCAUGCGUGGAAGCAGGCAGUUUCCGAUAACUUCUGUGUCAGAGGGGCCACCUACCUGUCCGAUGGCAUCAAGGUGAGCAGCAGCAGCACCAGCAGCAGAGGCAGCACAGGCAGACCUGCUGGCGGUGGGGGAGAAGCUGCGGGCGCAGGCAUCGCUGCCGCUGGGGGUGGAUCCCAAGGUCGCCCAUGCGUGGAAGCAAGCUGUUUCAGACAACUUCUGUGUGUGCGGGGCGACCUACCUCUCCGAUGGCAUCAAGCGCCAGCAGCAGCAGCAGCAGCGCCAGUGAGCACAUCACCCACACACCUGCUAGCAGUGGGGGAGAAGAUGCGGGCGCAGGCGUCCCUGCCGCUGGGAGUAGACCCCAAGGGCGCCCAUGCGUGGAAGCAGGCUGUUUCGGAUAACUUUUGUGUGCGCGGGGCUACGUAUCUGUCUGUUGGCAUCAAGAGCACUGAGAGAGCAGAAGCCAGCCCCUUCCCUGGCAGCGGUGGGGGAGAAGAUGAGGGCGCAGGCAUCCCUGCCGCUGGGAGUGGUCCCAAGGACGCCCAUGCGUGGAAGCAGGCCGCUGCUGACAACUUCUGUGUGCGCGGCUCCACCUACCUCUCUGAUGGGAUUAAGAUCCCAGCAGCCCAGCCGCUGCUCUCGCUGCUGGCUGUGGACUGGUUCAAGUCGGAUUCGCGCAUUGACAAUCUGGCAGCACGACCCGGGUCUGUCAUGCAGUCGGAAGCGGGGAAGAAGCUGCCAUUCGUAUUUGUGCUGAACCUGCAAGUGCCCGGCAAGCCCAACUACUCGUGUGUCGCUUACUUUGCUGCCGACCGCCCUGUCAAGAAAGAUUCUUUGCUGGGGAGGUUUGUGAACGCGGAGGAUGACUCGUUCCGGAACAGCCGCUUCAAGCUCAUUCCGCGCAUCGAGGAGGGCUUCUGGGCAGUGAAACGGGCAGUUGGAACAAAAGCUGCUAUUCUGGGGAAGGCACUCACCUGCAGCUAUUUCAAGGGGGAGAACUACUUGGAGAUGGACGUGGACGUGGGGUCGUCCUCAGUGGCUCGCAGCGUCAUCGGCCUCGUGCUCAGCUACGUCACGUCGCUUGUCGUGGACCUGGCACUUCUCAUCGAGGAGAAGGCGCAACAAGAGAAGGCCUAUCUUGUUGUGCCUUCUCCUGUUCUCGCUUAUGCAGCAAACGAGUUGCCCAAGUAUCUUUUCGGCACAAUCACUCCUAUGCGCCUCACCCCAGGCUCUUCACGCUCUUUCUUACGCGACUCAAUCUACUCCUCCCACUCCUUUCUUCCUUCACUACGAUCCCCCUUCCAGGCCCAAGCUGCAGACGAGCUUCCUGAGUAUCUCCUGGGCACAAUCACUCUCAUGCGGCUUGAACCGAAGAAGGCGAUUGACCCCCCUCCUGCUUGA